GGCAAUACGGACUUUCAGCUCCCUCCAAAGAUUUUGACGGGUCGUUGUCAUGCUGGAAGACCCAGCCACGACCCAUCUUCAAUGCUCUUACUGAGGGAAGGAGGUUGUUGGCCAAGAUCUCGCAAUGCAUGGCCCCAUCCAUCCUCCCCUCAAUACGGUGCAGUCUCAUCAGACCCUGGCCAACCCCCCCACUGGCAGUCUGAGCACGGUUAGGUGUAAAAACGGCCACGGCCACAUGGCCUAGUGUGAGUGCACCCUCAUGACUUGUGUAACGUAACAUCCAAUCAGCGUUCGACAGGUGUCGGUGUCGGAUUGACUCGGCUGCCAGAUCAACCGGGGACCUUGAUGCGCACCCCAACCCACACCGGUACCCUACUACCCACACCGGACUGGAUUCCUUUCACGCCGGUUGAUAGACGUGCCAGGCGUGAGCUAAAUAACGGCUAUAGAGUUUACUGUGGGUCAAAUGGAUUUGGUUUGCAGAGGGGACAAUCUACAUGACAGCAGCAGUAGCACAGAAAAUGGAAACGUCAAUGCCCCCCGGGCCGUCAGUGAUCCCUCGCUGAUUGCCCGUCGUACCCUGCCAUACAUGGUGGACGAGGAGAAGACCUGCCGACCCACACCUUACUGUAGCUCUGUCCAGAAACAGAUCACGCCAUGCAUGAGACAAGUCCUGGCAAUGUGGAUGUUACGGGUUUGUGAGGAAGAGUUGUGCGAGGAACAGGUCUUUCCACUGGCCAUCAGUUACCUGGAUAUUUAUUUGAGCCGUAUCCCCACGGAAAAGGACCAUUUGCAACUCUUGGGAUCCGUUUGCAUGUUCCUGGCUUCCAAAUACCGGGACACUGUUCCACUCGGUGCCAGCAAGCUCUGCCUCUACACAGACAACUCAAUAUCACUCUCAGAAAUCGUGCAGUUGGAAGUCGCGCUGAUCUCGGUCCUGGGAUGGGAGCUGGCCACUGUGUCACCCAGUGAUUUCCUAGAGCCCAUCCUGCAGGCUCUCCCGUUUGCUGCUUCCCUCGACCUCAAGUCCGUGCUCUGCCAUCUUCACUCCUUUAUAUACCUGGCAGCCGUUGAGAACCAGUUUGUGUUGUUCCAUCCCUCCACCAUUGCAUGUGCCUGUGUGGGGAUUGCCAUGCAAAGACUGACACUCCUCCAAGACAGGUUCUCCUGUGAUUCACUUUUGCAGCACUUGGCCGAACUUUUGGCCAUUGAUCUGGACUCCAUUCAGCACUGCUACCGUGCUCUGGAGAGCAAAGUGGUGCUCAGACUGCUCGCAGGCCGGGGCAGCCCCCGGCUUAGCGUCCCCCAGCCAGCCAGCAAGCCAGCCAGCCAGCCAGCCAGCCCACAGCUUAGCGUCCCCCAGGCAGCCAGCCCCAACCCCACUGACAUUCAGGAUGUUCUGCUAACACCUGUGGCUUAGACAGGUGGCUUGUCUGAAGGCCCCUUUAUGGCCAUGUGCAAGGCUAGAGUUAAGCUUGAAAAUGAUCAAACACAAUGAAUUAAAACUAAAUGGCUCUGUUGGCUGAAGGCCCCUUUUUACAGCGUAAUCCUAACGUGCAAUGUUUGAUGAAAGAGGUGUAAGGUUUAUUGCUAGGCUGUUUAAAUAUUCUGAAUAAUCUAUUUAAUGCAUACUAUUAAAUGCAACACUUGGAAAAAUG